GAGCACAAGUGGCACUUUAUCCGGCCCGUCCCACUCACGGUAAGAGGAAAUCCUAAACUGGUCUGGUCCACUGGUGCUCCCCUUCUCUCUCGCUCACACACCCUGGACGCUCACACACCCUGGACGCUCACACAAACAGGAGGAGAAUGGCAGUAGCAGCAUCCACACAGAGAAUGAAUGAGACCCACAAAAUGCUGGCAUUCACUUUGCUCCUCAUCACCACCCUCUUUCACGGUGGUGUAGUUGCACAAGACGAGAGUGAAUCAGAUGUUGYCACUGGGCCCACACAGCCAGCAGAUGUUGCUGAAUUAUUUCGUGGAGACGACAUUGACACCACACAACUGGCAGAUGAAGAAGCAGAUAAACCCCAAGUUCAGAUCAUUGUAUUCCCCAGUAUUCCUGGCCUGGAUCUGUCAGGCUUCUUACAUGACACCACAGCGACUCCAGUCACCAAGGGGGUAGUGGAGACCACAGACAUGGGGGAGGCCACAGUGGAGGCUGGUGACGCAGGAAUCACAGACCCAGGUGACGACCAGGAGACCCAGGCUCCCCAGCAGUUUCAGACCUCCCAAUCCAGUGACACUGUGCUCAUCCCAGAGUGGUCUGGUCUCUCUCUACAGGCUGAUGUGAUGUGUGUUGAUAAAGAAGCUGUCCAGGACAGAGAUGCAGUGAAUCUGAAACUCAAGGCCUCAUCCAGCUGUGAGGAGACCAGGUCUAAGAUUGAGAGUGUGUUGGAGCACCUGUGUGGAGACGACUGUAAACUGGAGGUCUACCAGGAGGACAACUCCAAUGAAAUCCUGAUCUCUGGCCAAUGCAUAGAAGCUGAUGCAAAAGGAAUGGCUGAGAAGUUCAACAAUGACAACAUAAAAGACAAGAUUGAUUUUGAGGAGGCUGUUCCUCGCUGGGGGAAGAAAUCCAAGCUGGUACUGGUCUCCCUGCUGCUCACUGGACUGCUCCUGGCUAUUCUUCUCAUCGCAGGUUACUACCUGAAAACCCACCGCCCACCACCCAAGGGAGCGAGACUGGCUGAAGAGGGUUUCCAGGUGUAUGAGGAGAACCAGGCCAACACCCUGGUGUCUGUGGCCCCUCUGCAGUCACAGGAGCCCCUGGUGAAGCCCACCAGCAAUGGGGAGUUUCCUGAGAGCCAGCCACCACCCAACAACGGCCAACCUGCCACCCAGACCUCGGUUGCUGACACUGAGAUGUGAACGAGCUCUGAAUUACAUCCCCAACGCCCCAUUCUCAUUCCUCCUGCUCCCCGUCAUCACCACAUUCCCAAUCCCUCUCCCCUCAUAGUGUACCUGGGGAUACAAGACUCUAACACUAAACACCCAUUCAAUAUCCAAGCCCACCUCACCCUACCCCAUGCAACCCUUGACUCACAGGAUGAUGACAAUGAUGACAAUGAUGAAGAUGAUGACUAUGACGAUGAUGACGAUGCCUGUAAUGUGAAGAGAAGAGAUUGUGAUCACUGGCCUCUAUCAGGUUUCAGUGGUGGUAGAGAAGGAGCCUAAACACUGAGUUUGGGGGACUGGACAGCAGGUUCAGAGACUGCAUUCCAAAAACAAUAAUUGCUGCAA